AUGAAGGUUUCUAGGCAUACCGUUCUUUUAAACAUUAUCCUAAUCGUUAGCUUAUUAGGAUGUGUUUUAACUCUUAACCUUUUUUCUGCAAAUGAUGAUAAGAGAGCGUUGAAGGAUAUCGACAGAACAUUAGAAAAACUUUUGAGGAAAAAGCAAAUCAUCAUAUCUACUGCUGCUGUUGCUUUGGCUAUAACCUUAGGUGGUUUAUUUGGAAGUUUAGGAUAUAAGAGCUGGAAAAACAAAAACAAAUCAAAAGAUAAGGUGAAUGAUGGAUCCGACUCUGAGGAAUUAGAUAGUUCUAAAGAGGACAAAGACAAAGAUGAAUAA